AGGCAGGGUCCUUGACAUGGAGCCUAUAUAUAUGUGUAUAAACACACAAGGAGGGGAGGGACUAAGGAAGGAGCGCUGAUCCAACUCCAAGCUAGCAGCUCAGCUCUCCACCCCCUUUUGUGCUGUGAGCUGUGUAUUCGUUGCAUGCAUGCCCUUGCUGUUCUUCAGUUUGUUGCAACACUACUUUGCUCGCUCCCCUUCUCCUUCGCUCCUUCUCCUUGUUGUUGGGACAGGCAGUUAGCUAGGUGAGAGUGCAGUGGAGCUCAUCGGCGAUAGCAAUGGAGGUAGAGGCUUGCUACAACUACGGCUUCCCUCCUGCAGACAGAGGCAGAGGCAGAGGCAGCAGGCACCAACCACCACCUCCACCAUCAUAUGGGCAUGGGCAUGGGCAUGGCCCCCUUACUCACACUGCAGCUGCAGAAGAAGGUGAGUUGUGGGAGUACUUCCCUUGCCCUUUUUGCUACAUCGAGGUUGAGGUGCCCUGCAUCUGCAACCACCUUCAGGAGGAACAUUGCUUCGACACCAGAAAUGCUGUCUGUCCGAUCUGCGCCAACAAUCUAGGGAGAGACAUGGCUGCACAUUUCAGAGUGCAACACUCGCAUCUUCUCAAGAGGAGGAAGCCUUACAGGCCAAGCUCAUGCUCUGCGGCUGCCACCAGCUCAGCAUCUGGGAAGGGAACAGCAACAUAUGAAAUGAACUCCUCUUACUAUGAAGAGCCAGAACCACAACACUACAGGAUGAGCAGCAGACCAUACAAAGAUCCUGCACCUGACCCACUGCUCUCCCAGUUCAUCUGCAGAGUCGCACAGGCCGACGACACGGUCCCGAGUGAUGGCAACGCCGAAAAGGGUAUCUCAUCAGAUGAUCAGAGGUUGAAGUUGAACAAGGGAGCAACAGCUAGCGAUGAUGCAUCAUCCAAGCUGGGACUGGAGGAGAGGCUGCAGAGGAUCGACUUUCUGACGGAGAUCCUCAUGUCCACCAUUCUUUAAUGUGUUGCUGCUAUCUAGGGUUUCUUGAGCAGCUCUAGGCAUGGCUAUUAGGAUGUGUUUUCUGGGCGCAGACGUGUACCACUGUCACGUAAGCAAAAGCAAUUCCCUGCACACAUGUACACCUAUACUAUAACCUUGGCUAUCUACAGAAUGAAGUGGCAUAUUUUGGCCAUCCUUGUCCAUCUUAAA